AUGAGUCAGAAAGAUGCGAACAAAGUGGUGACGGUUGUUGCCUACUUGUGUCAAGGUGACAAGUCAAAGGAAAUAUCGUACACGGAUGCCAAAGUCAUAGGGAACGGAUCAUUCGGCGUUGUGUAUCAAGCCAGACUCCUGGAAACUGAUGAAAUAGUCGCUGUAAAAAAAGUUCUUCAGGACAGGAGGUUCAAGAAUCGAGAAUUGCAAAUUAUGCGUCAGCUGGACCAUCCAAAUAUUGUGCAGUUAAAGUACUUCUUUCACUCUGUGGGUGACAGAAAAGAUGAUGUCUAUUUAAAUUUGGUCCUUGAAUUUAUUCCGGAAACCGUAUAUCGUGUUGCCCGAAGAUAUGCCCGUCAAAAGGAAACAAUUCCUCUUUUAUUUGUAAAGCUAUAUAUGUACCAACUUUUCCGAAGUUUGGCUUACAUACAUCAUAAAGGUAUUUGUCAUCGGGAUAUAAAACCCCAAAAUUUACUUUUAAAUCCAGCAACAGCUGUUUUGAAAUUAUGUGAUUUCGGAAGUGCGAAGGUUUUAGUUCGCGGUGAACCUAACGUUUCUUACAUAUGUUCCCGUUAUUACCGGGCUCCUGAAUUGAUAUUUGGUGCUGUGGAUUACACAUGUCAGAUUGAUGUUUGGUCAGCUGGUUGUGUACUUGCUGAACUUUUGUUAGGUCAGCCAAUUUUUCCUGGCGAAAGCGGUGUAGACCAGCUUGUUGAAAUUAUAAAAAUCUUAGGUACCCCUUCCCGCGAACAAAUUCACGAAAUGAAUCCUGACUAUCGGGAAUUUAAAUUUCCACAGAUUAAACCUCAUCUCUGGUCAAAAGUUUUUCGUCCUCGCGUUCCAUCGGAAGCAAUUCAGUUGGUGUCACAGUUACUUGACUACACACCCUCAAAACGUUUAGAACCGUUAGAUGCUUGUUUACAUUGCUUUUUCGAUGAGUUAAGACAAGAAGGAACUAGACUUCCCAAUGAGAGACCUCUACCUCCAUUAUUUAAUUUGACACCCUACGAAAUGACUAUGCGAGAUGAUAUGUACAAAUUUCUCCCACCUUCUCGAACAUCCGGAGGAGCUGGGGGAUCAGAGUCAAGUUUACCACCUACUUCGGAUCUUUCAAUGGUAGAACAACUACAACCGCAUCAUAUAACAGAUGCUGUUGAUCGCACGGGACAAAAUCACAAUCCCUCUACAUCAGAAGGGAGUAAAUUAUCGGAUUCAGAAAUUCGAUUAGCAGUUGUAGCUCCAUCUCGUAGUUCGGAUAACAUACAACUCAUAUCAAAUAACAGUAACAACAAUGAUAAUAACAACAAUAUUGAUAUACCUCAUCAAUUGAAAGAUUCCUGCCAUGAAGAGUUAGAAUCUAGGAAUAUUCAAGGUGUCAAUAGUUAA